AUGACAUACGGCGAACUAGAUUCAGAAGACAAGGUCGAGAUCGGCAGGUUGGCGACAUGGUCUGUUUCCUCAGCUAAAAGUGGCCACGGCAUAGGUAUGUUGCGCGACAACAACCUCUCCACGUACUGGCAAUCGGAUGGUCCACAGCCGCACCUCGUCAACUUGCAAUUUGAGAAAAAGACGGCGGUUCAGCAGAUAUCAUUUUAUUACGACUUCAAGCAAGACGAAAGCUAUACGCCGCUGCGAAUCAGUGUCAAAGGAGGAACCGCUCAUCAUGAUCUCACUGAGCUCGUCAGCAUGGAGCUGGAAGGCAUCACAGGAUGGGUCAAUAUCAACCUGGAGGAUAUUCCCGGCAGUGGAAGGCCGCCACGGGUGUUUUUGUUGCAACUGGUUAUUCUUUCGAACCAUCUCGGUGGACGGGACACUCAUAUUCGGCAGCUAAAGCUGUUCUCAACGCGCGAGCCGGUUCUUUCCAUGUCUGAGAAUGAGGAAUUACCGUUCACAUCACCCGAGUUCUUGCGGUACACCGUCCUUCGAUGA